AGCAACCCAAACCCCAACGGCCCAACCCAUUUCCCCUGCCCUGCGCGUCCGCGGCGGGGAAGAAACCGAAGCGAGCCAUUUCCGUUUCAGUCCCUGCGGAAAAAGUUUGAGGCCCCUCGCCGCGCCGCUCGGGCUAGGGAUCCCGCCGCCGCCGUCGUCGGGCGGCCAUGGGGACGGCGACGAUGGCAACGGCGGUGGGCGCGGCCAUGGUGCUGUACUUCGUGCUGAGCCGGCGGCUGGCCGGCGAGGACGUCUCCGUCGGCGGCGGCGGAGGGGCCGGGAAGCGGCGGAGGGGGCGCGCGGCUCGGCGGCCCACGCAGCCGCCGGCGACGUGGAUCGAGGCGGUGGGCACGCUCGCGGAGACGCUGCGGUUCACCUACUCGGAGACGCUCGGCAAGUGGCCCAUCGGGGACCUCGCCUUUGGGAUCAAGUACCUCAUGCGCCGACAGGGUAAUUUACACGUCGCCAGCGUAUAUGCUGGAAGCAAUUGCAUUGAACUGAAAGGACCUGAAAUCAUGGAAGAGUUGAUUGUUUUGCGACGAUUAAUCGACCUGUGCUUUCUUUUCUCCAAGAAACCAUUUCCUGUGUUCCGGGAAUUAGCUGGGUUUUCCCAAGAGGAUGUUCUUAUUGAGGAACCAAAGGCGGGGAUUUUGAAGCCUGCUCAUACAAUUUUACGUGAUGAGUGCACCAAAUCCUUUCUUGUUUUGAUUCGAGGGACUCAUAGCAUGAAAGAUACUCUUACUGCUGCUACUGGGGCUGUGGUACCAUUUCACCUCUCACUUUUAAAUGAAGGUGGUGUCAGCAAACUAGUUUUAGGCUAUGCACACUGUGGGAUGGUGGCGGCAGCCCGCUGGAUUGCAAGAAGUGUAACACCAUGCCUCCGUGAAGCAGUCAGACAGUGCCCAGAUUACCAAAUCAAGAUUGUUGGCCAUUCAUUGGGUGGUGGCACUGCUGCAUUACUAACCUACAUCCUCAGAGAACACACUGAGUUUUCUUCAGCAACUUGUGUUGCAUUUGCACCAGCUUCUUGCAUGACAUGGGAAUUAGCAGAAUCAGGCAAGCAUUUUGUGACCACGAUUGUCAAUGGAGCUGAUCUGGUUCCCACUGUAUCAACUGCAUCUAUCGAUGACCUCCGUUCUGAGGUAACAGCUUCGUCAUGGUUGAAUGAUUUGAGGGAUCAAAUACAACAGACACGUUUCCUAAAUGUUGUUUACCGGUCAGCCACUGCUUUAGGAACUCGCCUGCAAUCUUUUUCUGGUGCCAGGGAGAGGGUUGCAGGUGCAGGAGCAUUUCUGCACCCUGUUUCGAGCAAAACCCAGGUUGUCAUGAAACAAGCCCAGAAUGUUGCACAGGCUGUUGCUAGAAGCCGGUCAGCAUUUUCCUCAUGGUCAUGCAUGGGUGCACGUCGACGAGGUGUAGGCGUAGUUACUGCAAGUUCUAAGGAUGAUACGACAACAGAAACCCAUGUAACAUCUACAGUGGAGUCAGAAUCCUUCAUUGUAGACCAACAUGGCACCAAGACCAUAGAGGAGUUGCAGUAUACUGUAGCUAGUGUUUCUGUUCAUGAGGAAGCAGAUGAAGAAGAUGCUCUUUUGAGUGAGCAUGAAACCUCUCGAGAGCAUGCAGAGGAAGAAAUAACCGAAGGUGAGUUGUGGUACGAGUUCGAGAAGGACUUGGAUCGGCAGGUUGAAGUGGAGGCACGGAAUCGAGAGGAAGAGGCAGCUGCAGCCAAGGAAAUAAUGGAGGAGGAAAGUGCUGUCCUAAAAAAUGCUGAGGAUAGGCAGUCGUUCUCAUCAGAUAGUUUGGAGAGGCAGCAAUUCUACCCCCCUGGUAGAAUCAUGCACAUGGUUGCCAUGCCUCCAACAGAUGCGGAUCCAGAUGACCCAGUUGCUGCUGACGAGUGCUCUGUUGGAAUAUAUGAGACCCCUAGAGAUCUUUACAGCAAGAUCCGACUGUCGAAUACCAUGAUCAAUGAUCAUUACAUGCCAAUGUACAAGAAAAUGAUGGAAAUACUGAUUGAGAAGUUUGCAAAGGAUGAGGACAACUCCUGUACAGGUUCUACUGUGCAACGAUAUGAAGGCACAAAUGAACUAUAUACAUCUUAACUGUACAAUACUCCCUGCUAGCUGUCAUUAGCCCAUUUAUCUGACAUUGCAAUAUACAAGAGGUGCUGCCCUCCUGACCCGUGAGAGAGAAUUUUAGAUAGGGUCAUGUGAGUAUGAUGUGUAAAUGUAAAAGAAACCAGAAUUAAGAAUUAAAUACCUUUUUCAGUCA